CUCCGUCCCUGAUUGGCUUAGCUGGGCGCAUGCGCGAGCGAGGCCAAGCCGAGGGGCGGACGGACCUGGUUCUCGGGCUUGCUGCGGCAGCCUACGCUCCUUCUUUCCCCAUGCAGCGAGGGGCCUUCCAGUGAUCGCUGCCCUCUAUCCCAUGAAAGAUCUUGAGGCCAGUCUAUGCAAAGGAUAUAUAAAAAUGAUGACUAAUAUAGUUAUCCUGAGCUUGAUUCUUUUUAUUUCUUUAUCUUUCUGGAUUAUGUCCAUGACUGCAAGCACCUAUUAUGGUUCCUUGCACCCUAUUUCUCCAUGGCGAUGGCUGUUUUCUGUGAUCGUUCCUGUUUUGAUUGCAUUUAAUGGCUUAAAAAAGAAGAGCUUGGAUCACACUGGUGCUUUGGGAGGAGUAGUAGUUGGAUUUAUCUUGACCAUUGCAAAUUUGAGCUUUUUUACUUCUUUGAUGACAUUUUUCAUUUCUUCCUCAAAACUCACCAAGUGGAAAGAAGAAGAAAAGAAGCGUGUAGAUCCAGAAUACAAAGAAGGGGGGCAGAGAAAUUGGAUUCAGGUUUUCUGUAACGGAGCUGUACCUACUGAGCUGGCAUUACUCUACAUGAUCGAAAACGGGCCGGGUGAAAUCUGCAUCGAUUUCUCCAGACAGUACACGGCCUCCUGGAUGUGUUUGUCUCUCUUGGCCUCCCUGGCCUCCUCUGCAGGAGACACGUGGGCUUCAGAAAUCGGCUCUGUUGCCAGCACCACCCAGCCAAGGCUCAUAACAACCUGGCAGAGAGUUCCGAUCGGCACCAAUGGCGGCGUCACGGCGGUGGGCUUCCUCUCGAGCUUCCUGGGCGGCUCUCUGGUGGGCAUGGCCUACUUCUUCUCACAGCUGAUCUUCGUGAACGACCUGGACUCAUCGGCGCCCCAGUGGCCCGUGGUGGCCUUUGCGGGCAUGGCCGGCUUGCUGGGCUCCGUCAUCGACUCGUACCUCGGGGCCACCAUGCAGUACUCGGGUUGGGAUGAAGCCACCCGCAGCGUCGUCAGCCAGCCCACCGGGGAGACAAAAUACAUUUCGGGGAAACCGAUCCUUGACAACAACGCCGUGAACCUGUUUUCCUCCAUCCUCAUCGCCCUCCUGCUUCCUAGUGCCGCCUGGGCUCUGUGGCCCAUAGACUGACCUUUCCAUCAGUUAGAGACUAAAACAGAGUCCGGUCAAACGUUGUGAUUCUACGAGUUAGCCUCCAAACGAUCAUUUGAAUCCCCCCCGAUCACAGGGAUGUCAUUCAUUUUGUAUUUUAUCUUCCCAUCCUCGUAAGUCUCGUUAUCACUGGAAACAUUCCAGCAAAGAAAAUUCAACUUAAAAAAACCAAAAGAACAGAACCAGACACAAACGUCCCUUCCAGGACCUGAUGGAGCUGUUUGGACAGAAAGAAAAAUCUUUUCUGAUUGGCUUCUGCGGAUGACAAAGAAGACAGACGGCUGCCGGGACACCCGCGGGGGUUUGUCCACCUCUGACGGGGAACUAGAAAUUGCAGGAAGAAAUCUAACCCGACUCCUCUGCCAGGCCCGCGGCUGGCUCACCGGCAUCCAUUCGCAGCGAUUUAAACCAACCAAGCGUUCCACAGAGCGCCUCCAUCGUGGUCCUGAGUAGGUCGUUGUUUUCAGCUCGAGUCAGCCGUGUCUGUGUAAGAGCAUCCUCAUUCCUACCUGUUUAGUUAGUGGGAAAAGUGUAAUGAAAUAGGUAGUCGUGCUUGUUCUUAUGUCUAUCAGAAUGUGGGGGAAAAAGUGACCCAUAAGAGGAAAAAAACAACCCAGCCACAGAUGUCUUGCAUGUCUUUCAGUGUUGAUCCUAUGUAUCCUACUGGCUUUUUUCCAAAAAGAUGCUCUGUAGAAAUUAAUUUAUUCUUUUUCAGUAGAUUGUUUGAGAAAAAAGUCUUUCGGAAGAUGCCUUUUUUAAAAAUAUCUUUUUUUUUUUAAGUAGUAUAAGCUCGCAACUUAGAAUUUGCAUUUGAGGCAUUGAUCGCUUGUGGCACUACUGAGAACGUGAUGCAUUUAAGUAUUACCCGAGGACCUGUGGGGGACUCAUCGGAAGGCACAAGGGGUUUUUUUUGCAUAGAGACCUACUUCAUCAUCCCCUCCUCAAAGGUGUCUCCCUGAUUGUCAAUUUCAUUCACAAUAAAAACAGGUCUGUUUGCUCCUUUA